AUGGCACCACAUGAAGUUAUCGAUUCAAUAUCUCUGUCUGUUCUAAUAAGUAUUAUUUUGAAAAGUAGUAUUAAAUAUGCCACUUGUUUAUGUAUAAUUAUCAUUAAUAUACUCCUCAUUACAAGUUUACUUCUUGUAAAACGUCUUCGUACUGCACAAAGUCUUCUUUUGAUCAAUGUUUGCUUCGCUUGUAUAUUUUUUUCUAUAGCUUGUAUUUUGUCAGUAAGUUUAACAAUAUCUAUUCUUUAUACAAAACUUGUAAAUCCAUAUCUGUGUCAAUUUACUGGAUCUCUUAUUUUAUCAAGCUCUCAUGGUCUUAUGUUUUCAUAUACAUUGGUAGCAUUUGUUAGAUUUUUAACAAUUAUUUAUCCGUUUAACAAGAAAAUUAGUUCAACUCAUUAUAUUAAAAUGUAUCUAAUAAUAAAAUGGAUAUUAGCUUUUCUUUUACCGACUAUUAGUUUAAUUUUACCUAAACAACAAAUAAUAUUUCAGUCAAAAGCUCAAAUGUGUACUAUUAGUCAACAAUCACCAUUAUUAUUUAUAUAUUUUUCUACUGCUUAUAUUAUUCCAUUCAUACUUAUAUCAUUAAUGAAUUUAGUUACCUACUUAAAUGUAACACGAUCACGGCAAAUGCAUCUUCUAUCUCGUACAAAACAGUCCCGUCUGAAUAGGCAUAAACUGCGAAAUGUACGUUUACUAAGGCAAUUUUCAUUCUUCACAAUUAUUUUUCUAAUCGGUUGGACACCAUUUAUAAUAGUUGAAGCAUUUGAUAAAAAAGGAAACAUUCCCGAUAUAUUUUAUUUCUUUACACUUCUUUUACCAUUAAUCUGCAUUUUAAUUGAUAGCAAUGCUAUCAUAUAUUGGAAUAGAACAAUUCGUCAUCAAAUUCAAUUAUGGUGGCAAUCAUUAAUCAAAAAAACUGAAAUACUUAAUUAUGAAACUAAUAUUCCUAAACAUAAUCAUAAGGCCAUUUCAAUCAAUACAAAUGCAGAUACAUCAAACGUUUGA